GCAAAAUCUAAUGGCGGUGUGGACUUGGUUUUUAAAGAUGCCCUUCUGUUGUUUUAGCCUGUCUGGGCAGAGAACUGAAGCCCAGCCUGCUGUGUUCACACGUGUUUGUGCUCCCUGUGGGAACCUCAGUGGUCACAAGUUCACCACCACUAUUCACAUCACACAGCUUCUCCUUGAAAUGCAUGCAGCCCUCGAAGCUCACCUGCUUGGCUGAUUUCCACUGUGUUUCUUAAGCUUGGAGGUCCUAGACCGAUGAAGCUGUAUCACUCAGGAGCUACUGGCUGGCUCCUGUGGGCCCACUUGGGGGGUUGUGGGGAAAUCCUGCCCACCAGUUGAAGCUGACUUCAAAAGCUGCCCCCCAGCACCCCCAUGUUAUUUCCAAGAACAUGCCUAACCUUUUCUUCUUUCAUGUUCCCAUACGUCUCACCCAGAGGCAGAACCAAAGGAUGAAGAUGAAGAGGGGGCACUGACAGGUCAUCCCAGAAACCCAACCCAUGUUGCACCAUUUUCUGGGGGACUCCCCAAUGUUUUGGGGGACACUCUGGGGAAAGAGCUCAUUGAGGAACCCUCCAUGCCAGAACCCCUUCCAGCACCUCUCAUCACCAACAACAUCCUGGGGGAAGAGCUCACUGAGGAACCCUCUGUGCCAGAACCCCUUCCAGCACCUCUCAUCACCAACAACAUCCUGGGGGAAGAGCUCACUGAGGAACCCUCUGUGACAGAACCCCUUCCAGCACCUCACAUGACCAAUGACAUCCUGGGGGAAGCGCUCAUUGAGGAACCCUCCAUGCCAGAACCACUUCCAGCACCUCGCAUCACCAACAAGAUUCUGGGGGAAGCGCUCACUGAGGAACCCUCCAUGCUAGAACCCCUUCCAGCAACUCACAUCACCAAUGACAUCCUGGGGGAAGCGUUCACUGAGGAACCCUCCAUGCUAGAACCCCUUCCAGCACCUCGCAUCACCAACGACAUCCUGGGCGAAGUGCUCAUUGAGGAACCCUCUGUGCUAGAACCGCUUCCAGCACCUCGCAUCACCAACGACAUCCUGGAGGAAGAGCUCAUUGAGGAAACCUCAAUGCCAGAACCCCUUCCAACACCUUGCAUCACCAAUGACCUACUGGGGAAAGUGCUCAUUGAGGAUACCUCAGUGCCAGGUCCUUCCAUCCUCACAGACACUCCAAAGGAAGCAGCUUCUGUGUCAGAGCCCUUACUAGAGCCUUCCAUUGCUGAUAAUUAUCUUCAGCAAGAAGUAGAACUCCUCAAAGGGUUACAGCAUGACUAUGUCCAGCAGCAACUGAGGGUUCGCCACAUUUCCCAACAGUUCCCUCGUUCUCUACAGGCCAUCAAUUUGCAAAUUGGACACAUGCGGACAAGGCUCAUCCGCAAAGGGAAGAUGUUCCUGCAGGCCCUGUUGCACUUCUCCAGCCCUCUGGGUCUGAUUCAUCAUUGUCCUCUGCCUCCCUUGAGGUUGCCUCCAUCCCACCAUCCACCUCUUCCCUCCUCCUGCAUCCCUCUCCACCUCGUCCUCCUUCCCCACCUCCUCUGGAGCCGGACCUCAGCAAUGUGAAAGAAACUCUGCAGAGUUUGGUAGAGAUGCAGGUCCAUCAGCUGUGUGACCGCCAAAGAGACCUCCGCAGCUGCCAGGAAUGCUUACAAAGCUUCAAGGCACUGAGGGGACAAUUGAGGCGGCUAAGGAGCAGACUGGCCAGGGUGGAAGCCACUAUGGGGAUCGUGGUUCCUCCAAGGGAGCUGGACGUUGCUGAGGAAGAAGGGGAAGGCAAAUUAAAAGAGACAACUGUGCUACUAUUUACAUAAGUAGCAAUAAAAUGCUGUGUAUAUAUUUUUUAAAAAUUAAAUAUUUGUUUUAAUAGGAUGUAGAGACAGAACAGCAAUAAAACUAGCAUAUUUAUUGUUUAAAAAAAUAAAAUGUUUUAUUUUAAA